CCUCCUCGUCUCGAAGAAAUGGGCAUCCAUGAUCCGCUCUAAAAAAUUCAAUGUUGAUUACUUGAGCCUAUCGAUGACAAGGCCUCGAGUGAUGUUCAUGGUCGAACGAACUACAUCACAACCACCCGAACCUACGAUGUUGUGGUUUGACAAUGUUUAUAAAGAGCAAACAGUUUUAACCGAACCACCUUAUGAUGAGGUGUUGUUUCACUCUGUCUAUCAAGAGGAGGAACCAUUGUUGUCGUCUGGACAACAGCAGUUGCGUAUUUCUCUACAUUCAAGCAAUGAUGUUUCUCAGCCCAUCCGAGGUUUGAUCUGUCUUAAGUUACGAACUAAGCUUGCCAUUUGCAAUCCGGGUACGAAAAAGUUUCAGGCUUUACCGGAGAUCCAAGCGCCUAAAGAAUCCUUCAUAACCAGAUUUCUCGGAUACGAUGAAGCUACAAAUGCAGUCAAGGUGUUAUGUAUCACGGAGUCUAGGUCAUUACCCAAAACUAGGGAAUAUCUAGUCUUGACGGUGGAGUCCGGUCAAGAAGAAUCUUGGAGAUCGAUCAAAUGUUUAUAUGAACAUGAUCCAGUACAACUUGGUGAAGGAAUAUGUAAAGGAGGAGUUUUGUACUAUGGAGCUUAUCGACCUCAAUCCGAUGAAGCUCAGUCCAAUAGUGACAAAUUAGUGCUCAUGAGCUUCAAUGUGAGUUCUGAAAAGUUUGCCGUCAUUAGAUAUCCUGAUUAUGAUUCCGAUUAUACAACUUGGAGAUUUGUGUUUUACAACAAGAAAAUUGCCUUAGUGGAUGACUUUGACUUUGACAAAGACGUGAAUGAUGAACCGAACUUGGACAAUGAAGCUGUGAAUGAUGAGCUGAAUGGGACUAAAGAUUUUCAUAUAAUUGUUUUGGAUGAAAGUACGCAACAAUGGGAGAGAACCCCCAUAAAGAUUCUUCAUUGGGAAGAAGCUGUUGGAGAGAAGGAAUUUUAUUUCCAAGGUACCAUUGGAGAAAACGAACUU